AUUCCUUCCCAUACCCCUUCUCUCUCCUCAUCCCUUCAACUUUCUCUCUCUAGAAAAAAAAACUCUCAAUUUUUUUUUUAAAAAAGAAACAGCAAAAUGUCUGAGUUAAUUCAACCAAUUAAACGUUUUAGAGAAGAAGAAGAGCAAUUACAAGUACAAACUGAAGAAUAUAAACGUCAUAAAUCAUCAUAUAAUGAUAUCCUCUCAAUCCUCGAAGAGGAAGAGGAGUACGGUAUUGAGUCUGACCCGGAUAUUAAAAUAUCCGGGUCAGACAUUUUUACCACGCUUCAGCAGGAGCUAGACCUCCUGCCGAGCGAUAACAACAACGGACUUGGGUCCGACCCCGUAGAAGAUACGGGGUCGGGUAAUUCCCAAAUCCGUUGUAAUAAUAAUUCUACAGAAGAUGAUAGAAGUAGUGUCAUUAGACACCUUCUAGAAGCUUCUGAUGAUGAACUUGGAAUACCAAGCGGAGAUGGAAUUAACGGUUCAGAUUUUCCAAUUGUUGAAGAAAAUGGAAUUAACGGUGGAGAUUUUCCGUUUGCUAUAUCAGAUGGAUUAUGGGAACUUGAAGAUGAAGCUGCUAAUUAUUAUUCUUUAUUACAAUCUGAACUUUUUAUGUAGUUUUUUUAUUUUUAAAUUUUGUGGGUAGGAUUAGAUUGGAAGAAAAGGGAAAUGUUUGGGGUGUAAAGUGAAAAAGAAAAAAGAUGAGGGUGAAAAAAGAAAAAAGUUGGGAAGAGGUUUUUUAGGUACUCUAAUUUUGUCCCCACUCAUCUUUUGUAUAUUCCCAAAAGUACCCCUUUGGAUUAGAAUAUUAGUAGCAUAAUGUAGAAGGUAAAAAAGUGAUUCGUUUAUAUUGGAAGGUCUCUUUCCAUUUCUACCCCUAA